GAAAAAAAACACACACACACUCCCUGACGACGUUCCAAUGGGCCGCGCGGUCGGAAAAUGAUCCACGGCGUUCCAAUGGGGAAGUGGAGCGUCCCGAUUGAUCCCGGAUGCCGUCGGCGAGGGCUGUGCUGAAUUGAUCAGUCGGUGCUACCUGCGCUGAGCGAGGCCGCAGGAGAUCUCACCGGCUUUCUUGACUGGGGAAUAUUAUCUUCAUUUAAAAAAAAAAAAAUAAGGCGGGGUUGCAGAAUUCACCGGGCUCAGAGGUGAAAAGGUUCCGGCAACAGCGGCAGUUGUGAGUUUGCAGCGUGUUUGGUAGCUCUCGCCAUGAGCAGUCCUCAGGCAGCGGCAUUUGCUUCUACAGCAGCAGCAGCAGCAGCAGCAGCACCGCCCCCCUCCUCCACCACCAUCAAGCGGCUCCCGUUCUUUCCCUCUGGCUUCUGAAGCAGCUCCCAGUGCAAGUUCUGCGCCUCAUUAUCAACGUUGACCUGCCUUUCUUUUUUUUUUUAAUUAACUGUUUCACUUUUCUGCCUCUAGGCGCCUUAAGAAACCGGAGUCUUCUCUACUGGGUGGUGGAUCUUUUAAUUUUGUUGACUGAACUGCAGAUCUUUUCCAUUGUAAUAGCAUGUUUUGAAAAAUUAAGUACGGUGUUUUGGGAAGGACUCCAUUUGUGACUAUUUCUGUUCCAGUUGAUUUUUUGUUUUUUUGUUUUGCAAAGCCUUCGCUUUGGAGGGGCUCGUGGAAACUAUGGGACUACCUGCCUUGGAAUUUAGUGAUUGCUGUUUGGACAGUCCUCAGUUUCGAGAGAGGUUGAAAUCGCACGAAGCUGAACUGGACAAGACCAACAAGUUCAUCAAGGAGCUCAUAAAAGAUGGCAAGUCCCUCAUUGCAGCGCUUAAAAAUCUGUCUUCAGCAAAGCGGAAGUUUGCAGAUUCCUUAAAUGAUUUUAAAUUUCGAUGUAUAGGUGAUGCAGAAACAGAUGAUGAAAUAUGUAUAGCAAAAUCCCUGCAAGAGUUUGCUGCUGUUCUUAGAAAUCUGGAAGAUGAGCGCAUGCGCAUGAUUGAGAAUGCUAGUGAAGUUUUGAUCACACCUCUGGAGAAAUUUCGGAAGGAGCAAAUUGGUGCUGCUAAGGAAGCUAAGAAGAAGUAUGAUAAGGAGACAGAGAAAUACUGUGGUGUGUUAGAAAAACACUUAAAUCUGUCUUCUAAGAAAAAAGAAUCCCAACUUCAAGAGGCGGACAACCAGGUGGACCUGGUUCGGCAGCAUUUCUAUGAAGUCUCUCUGGAGUAUGUUUUUAAAGUUCAGGAAGUUCAAGAGAGGAAGAUGUUUGAAUUUGUGGAACCUUUGCUGGCUUUUCUGCAAGGGCUAUUCACGUUCUACCAUCAUGGCUAUGAACUUGCAAAGGAUUUCAGUGAUUUCAAGACAGAGCUGACAAUCAGCAUACAAAAUACAAGAAACCGUUUUGAAGGGACACGAUCAGAGGUCGAGUCCUUGAUGAAGAAGAUGAAGGAAAAUCCCCAUGAGCACAAAAACAUCAGUCUGUACACAAUGGAGGGUUACCUAUAUGUCCAAGAAAAGCGUCACUUUGGAACAUCAUGGGUGAAGCAUUACUGUACCUAUCAGAGUGACUCUAAGCGUAUAACUAUGGUGCCAUUUGAUCAGAAGUCUGGUGGGAAAGGGGGAGAAGAUGAAGCCAUUAUCCUCAAAUCUUGCACGCGUCGAAAAACUGAUUCCAUAGAGAAAAGGUUUUGCUUUGAUGUAGAAGCAGUGGAUAGGCCAGGAGUAAUUACAAUGCAAGCACUUUGUGAAGAAGAUCGGAGGCUGUGGAUGGAGGCAAUGGAUGGCCGGGAGCCGAUCUAUAACUCAAACAAAGACAACCAAAGUGAAGGCACUGCCCAGCUGGACAACAUGGGCUUUAGCAUUGUCAAGAAAUGCAUACAUGCUGUUGAAACAAGAGGUAUCAAUGAACAAGGGCUCUACAGGAUAGUUGGUGUCAACUCUAGAGUACAAAAGCUAUUAUGUAUCUUAAUGGAUCCUAAAACAGCUGAAACAGAAGAUGACAUCUGUGCAGAGUGGGAGAUAAAAACAAUCACUAGUGCACUGAAAACAUACUUGAGAAUGCUCCCAGGGCCACUCAUGAUGUAUCAGUUUCAAAGAAGCUUCAUCAAAGCAGCAAAACUGGAGAAUCAAGAAUCAAGAAUCUCAGAGGUCCACAGCUUAGUACACAGACUCCCUGAGAAAAACAGACACAUGCUUCAUUUGCUUAUGAAUCACUUGGCAAAUGUUGCUAAGAACCACGAACAAAAUCUAAUGACGGUCGCAAAUCUGGGGGUUGUUUUUGGACCAACGUUAAUGCGACCACAAGAAGAAACAGUUGCUGCAAUUAUGGACAUCAAGUUUCAGAACAUUGUGAUUGAGAUCUUAAUAGAAAACCACGAAAAGGUAUUUAACACAGUUCCAGACACACAGCAGUCGAAUUCACAGCUGCUUUUGUCUCGAAAGAGAAGUACAGAGUCAAAGCCUCCUUCAUGCAGCGAGAGGCCUUUAACACUCUUCCACACAGUGCAGCCUAAUGAAAAGCAGGAGAACAGGAACAGUAUCAUCAACUCCAGCCUGGAAUCAGCUGUGUCAUCCAAUAUCAACAGCUUCCUCCGCUCCAACAGCACUCCUCAGUCUAAUAUGAACUCCAGUGACCCUGAUCUAGAAGUGAUUAAACCCAACAGGCCAAACUCACUCCCUCAGAAUCCAAGUCCAACGUCACCCCUUUCACCAUCCUGGCCUAUGUUCUCCGCACCAUCCAGCCCUAUGCCCACCUCCUCUACGUCCAGCGACUCAUCCCCCAUCAGCUCACCAUUCCGUAAAGCGAGAGCUUUAUAUGCUUGUAAAGCAGAACAUGACUCGGAGCUCUCCUUCACAGCAGGCACCAUAUUUGACAAUGUUCAUCCAUCUCAAGAGCCUGGCUGGUUGGAAGGAACUCUAAAUGGGAAAACAGGAUUGAUUCCAGAGAACUAUGUGGAGUUUCUAUAACUGUGGACUCAUUCAUACACAACAUUGCUGAGCUUUACAUGGUAUCCAUGACAACUGCUGAUUGGUGUAUUGUAGAUCAUUUGAUGUUUGCCACUGUGAAAAGCAAGGUGAAGGACUCCUAUACCUGUUCAGAAGAAUGUUUAUGUAAAUAAUAAUUGUGUGUUUCUUAUUAUGUAAUGUGUUGUUUGUGCAGAGACACUGCAGAAAAUAACAAGGAGAAAAUGGAUGAGAAGGAUUUGGUGGGGUUUUUUUCAACUGUUCCAGGAAGGGUUUGAAUCUUCUAAAUCAUGGGUUGUGAAGGUUAUGGUAUGAAUACUGAGUGGAUGUGGCUUAAAACCUUUCAGGGCCACUUUCUAUUUAACUGGAUCCACCUGCAAAAAACAAAACAAAAAGAAAGAAUUGGCCCUUCAAUUCCAUACCAGUUGGCAUCCAAGCAAGGAAAAAAGAGCUACACCCUUAAAGGUUUCCUCUGCUGGCCAAAAUAAACAUUUGAUUGCUAAGAGGAAAGCAUGUCUGUUCCUUUCAUCUUUAGCAGGUGAAAGUAAUGUUUAUAUGCAUCAAGACUCUGAUGGCUUACUGCUGCGGGGACUGACCAACCUUGACAGGAUUCAGUCCAUUCUCAGCACAUAAAUAAUUCCUGUAAUGAGAACAGCUUCACCACCUACACUGUUAAAAGGCAGUCACUGCAGUUACAAUAAAGCUUUUUAGCCUCUUAAUGCCCCAAAGUUGAAUGGUUUCCACAGUGUGUGUAGCCAUUGUGAAGUGUCAGGUUCCAAACAAUCAUUAGCAAUGUAAUGGACCAAAAAAUGGACCAAAACUUAAUUAAUUAUUACUUAAGUAAUAACUUACUUAAUUUUUAAAAAGUUCAGAAGGUUUCUAAGAACAACAUCUGCAGUCUCUGCCAACAAGCAUUCGCACUGUAGGUGAUGGGAGGAUGCUCAAGAUUGCAGCUCCUAUAGACUAGCACACCAUCCGAGUGACUGGGGAUCAUUCUGUUGUCACUUACCAGCACAAGUUUGUAGAAACAAGCACCUGCCACUUAUUAGAUGCACAUUUCGUUCUCAUCUCUUGAGCAUGGGCUAUUUUCGACAUUCAUAAUUGCUGCUUUCCAAGAUGGUGCUCUUUGCUAGCUUCGUACCUUGCUAUUGUUUGGUGUGUAGUAAUCUUUCUAAUGCAGUCAGCUCCCUUCAAAUCAUUUGUAUGUUGUGCAGCCAAAUGAAAACUUUAAAACACACACAGACACAAAGUAGUAGGGUUUGUGAUCUUUUUCACCCUUAAUGAUGCCUUUCAUUGAUGCCUUUUUAGUUAAUGGGUUGAGAUGGACCAUCCUUGAGAUUAUGAUGAGAAGCAUCCAAUGUGUUUUGUAUUCUAUUUCACAGAGUGGUAAAUCUGAUGUUGAAGGAAAAACUGCACGAUCUGAAAGCCAGUCAUUCUGGAAAUCAUGCAAUAUUUUCUGCAUCCCAUGGGAAUAGAUUAGUCUACCUGCAGAAAUAGAUAUAAGCAGUUCCUGAUGGACAGUGUUCAGUUUUACCUAGUGAUCACAUACCAUUUUUUUCUGUUUUAAAAUGAGCUUUUUAAUUUAAUCUUAAAUUCUUGAGUGGUCACAUUGCUGUAUGUUUCACUGAUAGAUUGUUUGAACAUUGAGCUGUAAAUAUGAUCAUUUGAAAUAUUGUGAGGUAAAAGUUUUUAUAUAUCCUGAUUUUUAACAGAGAUGUGAUAAAAUAGAUAUGCAGUGUUAGUUUGAAACCUGUUUAACAGGAGAUUCAAGGCAAGCACAAAUAUACACCCUAACUUAAUCUUUUCUGCCCUUUGUUAUUUUGACUCCUCUGUAAGGCAGCUGAUUAUACCUUUUGAAGGAUAAAGGCAGGUAUGUCUUCUGUGGUUGCCAAUGUCCAGGUGGGGGGGUGGAGUUCUUCUAGAAUUACAGAUGAGCUCCAGAGUCCAGAUUAGAUAAAUCAGUUCCCCUGGAAGAAAUGGCAGUUUGGGAGGGUGGACUCUAUUAAAUGAAAUCCCGGCUGAGUUCCCUUCUCGCUCCAAAUUGCACCUUCUGAAAGCUCUAUUUCCAUAUCUCUAAGAAUUUCCCAAUCUGGAGUCGGCAACCUAAUGUUAUGUAUUGUUCAUUUUAAAGUUUUGAUAUUUACUGAAUGAAUACACAUAUUGUAUGCAGGAUUCAUCUCUUUUUUAAGAUCUGGGGGUGUUGCUAUUUUUGAAUCAUGCCAAAAUAUAUUCUGUUCGUUUUUCCAAUUCAUGGAUGUCUUCCUUUUCUUCCUGCAAGACAGUGGGACUCUUUUCUCAAGACCAAUCUGUGGAUUUUCAUAAGCAAAUAUUUGGUUGGGGGGGGGGUUAUCUUUUUUUUCCCUAUUCCUAGAAAGCCAAUCAACUUUCUGAACCAGUUUAUGAAAUAGUGGGAUCUGUUGCAACAGACCUCAUUGAAUGGAAGCUGGUUAAUGGCCUUUCCUUUUCUCAGGUUGUAAUCCUACAAGGAAACGUGUGUCCUUUGCUUGGUUUUCUCUUCUUAAAAUGGGUUAUCAUUAAAAAGAAGAGGAGCAACCAGCCAACAGAAGCCUUUUUUUAAUAAUGGAAGGAUUUUUCUACUUAUUAAGGUUUUUCCAUCCACAACAUUUUGAACCUUGUAACCCUCCUUCUGUUAUUCGUGAAUAUUAAACCACUGCGAAUGGGACAGAAUCCACUCCAAAUUAGGCAGACAUAUGGUAUAUCUGAGCCAAAAGAGAAUCCAAGAAACGUUAUUGUGAUGAGGCAAAGUGGACUGCACUAGUUCAUGUUGCUAAUGUGGGGGAUGCCUUUAUUGAAUGGCUCACUGAUGUUUUUAAAAAAAUCACUGCAAAUAAAAAAAAUCACAUCCAUAA